GUUACCUUAAAUAUAUUAAUAAUAGGUAUUAUAAAAAUUAGCUUCGGCCUAGGCGAGGAGAUAUGCGCCCUAGGUAUAGUAAAAGUUAAUAUACGCUUCGGCACGAUAAUCUUCUAUAUCCUAUUAAUUAAUAUACCAUUUCUAUUAUACUUAAAGGAUAUAGACUAG